ACAGGAUGUAGUGCUGGAUGUCUGAUGUUACUGCUGGAUGUCUGAUGUUACUGCUGGAUGUCUGAUGUUACUGCUGGAUGUCUGAUGUUAUUGCUGGAUGUCUGAUGUUAUUGCUGGAUGUCUGAUGUUAUUGCUGGAUGUCUGAUGUUAUUGUCUUGUUUAUGCAGUGAAACUACAUGCAGCAACUACAUGCAGCACCUACCUUCCCUCAUCCUUUUGACCCUGGCUGGGUUGUGUGUUUCAGCAGCUCUCCCACCAACAGCUGCUCCAAUUUUCACUAAGCCGUUCGUGGUCAUAUGGAACGCUCCCAUCUACAGAUGCAACGAACUACAGGUCCCCCUGGACUUGGGCGUGUUUCAGGCCGUCACCACACCUCAGCGUGUGCCUAACCAAGUCCUGAGCCUCAUGUAUAAUAACAGAUUGGGGCUUUUUCCUUACAUUGACCUCUACAAUUUCACACAUUACAAUGGUGGCAUUCCUCAGAAAGGAGACCUAAAUGCCAGUCUGCAAAAAUCAAAAAUGGAGUUCAAUGAAUACAUUCCAUCAUCUGUACCUGGUCUGGCUGUGCUUGACUGGGAGGAGUGGUUUCCUUUGUUUGACAGAAAUUCAGAUUUAAGAGAGAUCUAUAAAUCGCUGUCCAUAAACUACACCCUUCAGCAGAAUCCAUCCCUUACAAGAAAACAAGUUAAACUGAACGCCAAGGAACAAUUUGAUAAAGCUGCCAGACGUUUCAUGGAAGAAACAUUAAAGUUAGGAAUCUCACAAAGACCAAAUUUCCUCUGGGGCUAUUAUUUGUAUCCUGACUGCUACAACUAUGAUUUUUUGAACCCAGACUAUACAGGGCAAUGUCCAAAGAGUGCACAUGCAUUAAAUGAUGAACUUCAGUGGCUAUGGCAGAUAAGUACUGCAUUCUUUCCAUCUGCAUACAUGCCAGUUUCUUUAAGCAAAACCCAGAAAGCAGCUCUGUUUGUCCGACACAAGGUGCUAGAAGCAAUGAGGGUGGCAGAUUUGUCACAACGCCCCUACACUGCUCCAAUUUAUUUGUAUCUGCAGCUUCUUUUGCGGGAUCAGAAUGACCUGUACAAUCAUGAAGUUGAUCUGAUUCGGAGUAUUGGUGAGAGUGCAGCUCUGGGAACUGCUGGAUGUGUGCUCUGGGGAUCUAGCUAUUAUUUUAAUGAGAAGGCAUCAUGUGAAGCCCUUUCUACAUACAUGUCUAACACACUAAAUGAAUACAUCGUCAACGUUACAACUGCGGCGGAACUGUGCAGUGACCUGCUGUGUCAAGGGAAUGGGCGCUGUGUCCGUAAAAGCUAUGGCUCAGAUGACUAUCUUCACCUCAACAUAAACAGCUUUAAUAUACAGAAGAUUGAUGGGAUGUAUAAAGUCUUUGGGAAAGUUUCUAACACUGACCUCACUGCCUGGGUUGACAAGUUUACCUGUCAGUGCUACGAGGACAAGAAAUGCAAAAAAUUCUAACUUUUCUCCAGCGGCAGAAAUAUUUAAUAAUGUAAUAUGACGAUUUGACAUUAUUCUGCACCGAAACCUUUUGCUGAUUAAAUAUAUCAUCUUUUCAUUUGAUAAAUAUCAGAUCACCUUUCAGGAAAUUCUUUUCUACAAUCUUUGUUUAUUCACACAGCUUCCUUAUUUCUUUGUUAUUGCUUGAGCAGGUACAAAUUGUGAAACAGGUUUCUGAAACAAACUGUUCUUCUGCCUGUCUGUUUCUUUUGGCAUGUUAACAUUUGGCAAACACACAAACGAUGAAGCAGUUUUUGCAAGAUAUACAUAUAUAUUGUUUGUUUAUUGUGUGUGUAAUUCCUCAAUGCAAAACUGAAUUAAAGCUGAAUGCUUGAAAUAAAUUGAUAUGAACUCGAA